AUGCCUCUUUGCACAAAUGCAGGAGGAGUCGACGACGCCAACAGCUUAAUGCUUUCGUUUUCUCCUCAACCCGGAAAAUGGUGGAACACUGGAUAAAAACUAUAACAACAUUUUGAACACAUACGAGAUAGGCUAAAGCACUUGUGCUAAAUUGGACACCACGAAUCAGUGAAGAAAAUGUUGGAAGAAACCAGUGGACCGGGCUGGCUCUCGGAGGAAGUCAAAACUGGGACUACGAUCAUAGGUAUUGAAUAUGAUGGAGGCGUCGUGUUGGGCUCUGACUCUCGCGUUUCGGCAGGUGCCUCAGUGGUGAACCGGGUGAUGAAUAAGCUCUCCCUUCUCCAUGAUAAGAUCUACUGUGCACUGUCCGGAUCUGCUGCUGAUGCCCAGACCAUUGCUGAGAUUGUCAACUACCAACUGGAUGUGCACAGUGUUGAGCUGGGGGAAGACCCCCUUGUUCGUUCUGCGGCUACCCUGGUGAAGAACAUCUCCUACAAGUAUAAAGAGGAACUGUCAGCACAUCUCAUCGUUGCAGGUUGGGACAGGAAAAAAAAGGGACAGGUGUAUGUCACCAUGAGUGGCCUUCUGUCCAGGCAGCCCUUUGCUGUGGGUGGCUCCGGCAGCUCAUACAUCUAUGGGUUUGUGGAUGCUGAGUAUCGGAAGGACAUGAGCCGGACAGAGUGUCAGGAGUUUGUUGUGAAUGCUCUUACACUGGCAAUGGGUCGAGAUGGCUCCAGUGGUGGUGUGGCUUAUCUUGUCACCAUUGAUGAAACAGGCACUGAGGAGAAAUGCAUUCUUGGCAAUGACCUGCCAAAGUUCUUUGAUCAGUAAUUUUAGAAUGUAAAACUUUCACAUUUUGCUGAUGACUAAUAAACUAUGAUAUAAACUGUG